AUGAUAUUCGGUAUUUUGUCUCCUCCGGGUCCAUUUCUAACACCGAGCCCAUCGCCGUCGAUUCCAGCGAGCCCUCGGCUGCAACCGUCACCAUCACAGUCACCGUUCUCGCAACAGGACAUUCUGUUGGUGACUAACAGCACCAUCGGUAAUGUGACUCAGGAGCAAGAUCGCAAGACGGGUAUAGUGGGACGACGCCAGUCAUUCAGCCAACAGCAGUCAAGCGCCACCCUCCAGCAACAGCAUCAAGUGUUGAGCAACAGCGCCAGCCCCAAUGCCGGAACCGUGGUGUACCGUCCAAGUCCGACGCAGUCCCCUGCCGGUGCCACGACGUUCAGCAUCUCCACCACGCCUGGCAAUGAGUUCAACACGACACUAGUCGGUUCGAAUAACAUUUCGCUCAAUAAGAAGGGCCGUAAAUCGUCCACGGUCAGUGGGAUCCAACAGCAACAGAACCACCUUCACCAUCAGUCACAUGCAGGCCAUGGACAUGGAACAUUGCCCGCCGCCAGUAGCCCGAAAGCGGCGAAAAAAGGAAUGCAACAGUCGUCGCAGCAUCAGCACCAUCACCACCAGCACCACACGUCGUUCGUUGGCAGUCCCAUUGCAAGCCCGAGUCCGAUCGCGAGCCCGAACGGUCCGAUACUGGUCGCGACCGGCAGUACCGUUGGCGGCGGCAACGGUGUCGGCGGUGGUGGCGCUGGCACCAUCAUCGUGGGAAGUGCGAGCAAUCCCGGUGCUAACAAUCCCGGUGCUCCGGCCCAACUGAGGCCACCGACACCGCAGCCUAUCAUACAGCAGUAUCCUGUCAUGAGCACCGGAAACCAGAUAGUGCAAAUAUUUCAAGGUUCUCAGUUCAUUACACAAUCGCAACCUACGACCACGCAUCAACAGCACCAACAACAUCUGCAACAGCAACAAAGUGGUGGUCGACAGACGGCAACGAUCGUGUCCCAGGCAAAUGCUCAACAACAGCAGCACCUGAGCCAAACGACCGCUCAACAACAGCAUAUCCCGCUGCAAACGCUCCAGGCGCAACAGCUGCAAACGCUUCAGCAGCACCAACCUCACUCGCAGCAACAGUUUGUGCAGCACCAAAUCAUCACGGCCGUCCCCUCGGUCGCCCAAAGUGUUUUACCAUCGUCGACGGCGACCGUCACUUCCAGCGGAUUGGUGAUUAGUUCCGCCGGCAUUGCUUCGAAUGCUCUCCAAACGUCACCCGGUGGCACACCGACGAGCGCUUCUGGAGGCGGCCUCAAGCUUCACGGCAAAGGGCCACAGCAAAUCCUGCCUAAACCGCUCACAUCGUCCGUUUCGCCAACGACGUUUCACGCGGCUCCCCAGCAAGUAUUUGUCUCGAGCUACAGCACCGCACCAGUUCAUUCGCUGGGUGGCGCUGGUAUCGUGACGAAAGCGAUCGUCUCGCAACCCAAAACCGCCACAUCCGUCUCGCUCCCGACGGUCGUAUCGCACAUCGCCGGGCAGCAGAUAUCGCAAGCGCCGGGAGCAACUUUCACGACCACCGCCCAACCACAGCAGGUGGUGAGCGCCGUUGGGCAAGGUACGGCCGGUGGGCAGCCGACGGGCCAGAUGGUGACCACAGCGACACCGCCAUCCACGGGCCAGCCGGGUGGAGCGGCGCAGGCAACGGCAGCGGCGGCUCAGAAUGGUUCCAUCAUCCUGCCAACGGGUAACCUAAACGCACAACCAUUGCUCCUCAACCAGAUGCCGGUGUUGGUGCAGCAAAACACCCCGCAGGGGGUCCAACUAAUCCUGCGACCUCCCACGCCCCAACUGGCCACCCCAAGCCUCGUGAUUCAUAACACACGGCCCCAGCAGCUGCAGCAGCCGCAACCGCAGCAAGUGCUCCGGAUACUGAAUACGAACGGCACGAUGCAAUUGGCAACUGCACCGACGUUUAUCGUGUCGUCACAGGGUAAUCUGGUGCCACAGAAUUUGUCCGGUCUGAAGACGAACGGAGGCGUUGCGGGACUUACGGCUGCUCAGUUACAGCAGCUACAGAGUCAACCCCGUCAGCCGCAACAACUGACGGCCAUCAACCAGCACCUGCUGAGUCAGGGUGUGGCGCAACUGCACGGUAACCUACAGCUGAACGGCAACCUCGCCCAGAUCCAAAUGUCCAACGGAUUGAACGGACAGCUGCUGACAACCGCCUCCCUGCCGGCGCCGUUCCAACAGGCGCAGGUCGGUGGGUUCAGUUUGCCGAAUCAAAACAUCAACCUUAACCAGCUGGGCGGCGUUAACCUGCAAUUGGCGACGGGCCCGGGUGGUACCACGUUUGUCUCGACAUCACCGAGCAACGCGGGUGCCGCAAGUGGUCAGAAUUCCAGCACAACCGGUGAUUUAGUCGUAAGCGGACAAAGCAUUCAAUUCACCGGGUCCGGCCCGGGGAACACCAUCACUGUGAAUGCCCAGGGUCAGCCUCAACAGCAGCCAACGGCGGGUCAGCAAAUAUUGACCGCACCCACCACGCUCGAUGGACACUCGAUGCAGACGACACAGUUGAUACCGACGGCCGAUGCACUGAGGGGCACCUCCAUCCUCACUACCGCUUCCGGUCAGCAGGUGAUCAUGACGGAUAGCGGAACAAAGAGUCAACAGCAGCACCAGCCGUUGGCGCAAGCGCCCCAUCUGUACAACCCUGUCUCAUCCAACACCCUCCAGCAGCCCACGGUGUCUCCCGUAUCCGUUCAACAGCCCCAGCAACCGUCCUUGGGUGUCACGCGAAUCGAGGUGGAGAAACCGAAAAAGGAACGGCGCAAUAAAAAGAAGCUGAAACCAGUUCAACAGCAACAACAGCCCCCCGUAGCGACAGCGACACCAAUGAUCGUGCAACAAACUGUGCCAAUCACCAGCCAAGCUGCGAUCGUCAGCAGUACGUCCGGAUCCACGAUUGCAACUUCCGGGGACCAGCGUCUUGCUUCGCCAGUCUCGCCACCACGGUCGUCCACUUCGCCGUACGCUAACACGCACACCUCGACGGGGAAACUGGAUCUGGCGAAUCUGAUGAAGAUCUCCGGCAUCGGCAUCGAGGAUGACGAUUUUAUGGACACCGACGAACCACCGCCGUUGGUGGCACCGGCUCCUACCAGCAUCAUGCCCGGUGCCGGCGACUAUUCUGCCUCGAACAUUGUGAUACAACAUGCCAGCGAUACGACCAGUGCUACGAACGUUAGGAAGGAUCUGAUGUCUCCGCCGCCAGCACCAUCACUACCGCCACCGGCACCGGUGGUUGCGGCGCAGAUCCACGUUCAACCGCAAACCGCAGGACCGCAAACUCAAAACAAUUCCGACAUUAUGAUCACAAUUCCGAGCGGAAUCGGGAGCGCAGGUGCUGGCGCGGCGGGGAACAUGGAAUUUCCUUACACCAUUUCCAUUCCCGGCCUGGAGGGAACGCUGAAUGCAACGCGAGCACAGAAAACUUCUUCUUUGACAGCCACCGGCAACAGUUCCACCUCCGACCAGCCUUCGUUCAUGAUCACGAUCGAUCCUUCGAACGAUCCCAGCUCCGGUCAAGCGUCGUACACCGUGUCGCUGCCGCGUUUUGGCGCGGGCUCGAGCGAGGAGUCGAAGAUUGUCAACGUGGCCACCGUUGCACCGACUGCUAGCGUGCAAACUUCGAGUGCCUCCGCCGUUUCAACAUUGGCCGCCCAAUCGCACAACAAUACGAUCUGUGUAAACAGCUUAAUGAACAAUGUGCUCAACAACACGCAGGUAACGCCGACGCUGCAGAGUCAAAUCAACGAAAUCCAAAAUCAGUUGAUUGCCGAAACACAGCCACAUCUUGUCAGUGGCGCGACGACAGCGUCACACGGUGUCGCAUCCAAUGUAGCAGUAACAGGCGGCUCCGUGCAUACCGCUUCGCUAACGGCAACGACUGUUGCACCGCCGGCGUCUAUUGUGAUUUCACCGACCAGCGGGAAUAAGCUCUCGGUUGUCUCGUCGAAAAAGAAGUCGAACACCGGCGGUGGAACAGGUGUGGUGAGUGUGAACGCCGGAAAGAAAAAUGGCAAAAAGUUGGAGAAAACGUUUGAAACGAUCGGCACAACCGGGGCCGUUCCGACGCAGAUUGGUAAUAUACAAAUAUCGCAGAUCGAUGCCACCGCAAGCAGCAAGCCGACCAAAGGUGGAACCAUCAAUAACCAAAUACAGAUCACGCCCAUCAUCGACAGUAAAGUGGUGGCAUCGCAAGGCAACGUCGGCAACUCCAAUCCUCAGCUCAUCAGCAGCACAGUAGGUGGCCAGUACACGCAAUCGGCCCCACCGCUGCAGCCAACGAUCACAAUUCAGAGCAGCCCAUUGCAACCGGCACAGCCGCAGCACAAAAACAUGAUGGCCCCUAUGGGCGGCAAUGGUGGAAACCAUCUUCAACAACAAUCCAUUCCAACAUCUUCGGUCCAAUCGUCAUCGGCGAUGGGCGGUGGGGUUAAUAGUGUCGUAUUCACGACCCAGCAACAGCCAACGGUAGUCGUGCCUUCGACGCCAACCGUGCAACUCCAUCAGCCUUCCAUCACGGCAACACCGACAGGGGCCACCCUGGUGGCAGCGCCCCAACCUCCCCAGGUGCAGGCCACAUCAGCCCAGGGCAUACUUUCGCAGUUGACGGGAGCCCUGAGCCUGUCGCUGGCGGAGAAUGGCCAUCUAAUACUGAAGCACGAUGUCAAUCAGCCACAAACGACGGAGUCGCAAAUGAUCCUGCAGGCGAUACUGUCCGGUGCGCUCGGAAACAUUACACUCGUGAAUGAACCUUCCAAACCUCCGGCCAGCGCUAAUGCGGCCACAAUCGCUCCGAUCCAACCGGUCCAACACCAACAGCAAAGUGGACAUCAGCUUGUUCUAACGGCGCCAGUCCCACCAUCAUCCCACGGCAAAACAGUGGCCACCGUCAGUGGACAACAGCAGAAGCCACCAGCAGCAACGACGACCACCGUAACCGUUCAAGCCACGCACCAACAACAGUUGCAACAUCAGCAACAACUUCAGCUACAACAGCAGCAACAACAGCAACAGUUACAACAACAACAACAACAGCAGCAACAGCAGCAUUUGCAACAACUUCAUCAACAGCAACAGUUACAGCAACAACAGCAGCUGCAGCAACAACAACAGUUUAUACAACAACAUAGUAAUGCUACAAUGCUCCCAGUAUACACGUCGCAGUCUCAAAUAACAACAGCUGGGCAGCAGACGAUGGUGCAGUCAUCGGGGGGUCAAGCGAAUGUGGUCUCAUCGCAUCCAGCGACAGCGCAGCAUCAACCGAUGGCACAAGCACUGAAAGAGGUACGCAAAACUGAAACGGUACUCGCACCGUCGCUCGUAAGUCAACAGCAAAUUACACAACCACCACCGUCUCAUUCCCUUCAGCAAUCGGGUCCAGUGCAGCAACAACCAGUACCAACGACAGUGGUGGUGAAUCCGAAUACACCGAAGCUUGUGGAGCUGCCGAAAGUUGGGGCGAACCAGCAGCUGUUUUCGAUGAACACGCUCACGAAUCAAAUAACGCAGCUUAGCCCUGGCCAAACCACGGCAGCCCUUGGUCCAAUGGAGCGCGUGCUUAUCGUUCCGACCGGCAUCAACGCUCAACAGUUGGCCCAGUGUUUGAUGCAAGGACAGAUUCACUUCAACAACAUUGGCCAAGUGACGCAGUCCAGCGAACCCAGACCAACCCCGACGCUGUCCCAAUCGCAACCACCAGCACUGUUAACGUCAUCGGCAUCAUCGGCGGCCACGAAAGGAGCUUCCGCAACGAUGCAACACCAAGUUCAGUCCGUCAAGAAUCACCAGCAGCUUAUCAACCCCACCGGAGCGAUAGCCGGCCCGAAAGUGAUGGUUCACAAUAGCGUUAGCAUUACGGCGACCAACAAUAGCACGACGACUGCAUCGGUUGUGAAAGAAAAACCGAAGAGAAAUCGCUCAAAAAAGCAGGAUAAAGUUCUACCGACGUCUGUAGUGACAGCUCCGAAGGCCGCCGUCGUAAAGGUGAACUCGGUUUCAAGUGGGCUUCCACCGAGCGUCGUGCUGCAGCCGGGUCAACACGCGCAGCCAAUCCUGGCGGAGGAUGGCACGAAGAUUGGCACUAAAAUUGUGGGCACCGUGAACCCGAACAACUUCGUUACGAACCAUCAGCAACAUUCGACUCAACAUCAUCUCCCCGCAAUAAACACGACCACAAGCUCGACACCCUCGCAGCCACUCGUUGCCCAGGUGCACCCUCAGCAGCACCAGAUCAACAAAAAACCUGUCCUAACUCCCACGAUCACGAAAGGAUCAACAACGGUGACGGCAAUCAGUGGAACGCCAGGUGGCGCCGGUGGGGUAGGAGGCAUCAUGAACAACGUGAGUGCUUCAGCGACACUGAAGAAGGUACGCACCAACACGCACCUGCAACACAGCCAUCAGACGUCGAUAUCCUCACAGCAGCAGCAGCCGAUGCCGCCACUGGUGAGCGUUAAUUCAGCCAUUCCGAGCACACCGUCGACCGUGACCGGAACGCCGACCGUAGUGCCGCGUGUUCAAACCAUUCAACUGACACCCCAGAAACAGCAACAUCUGAAAAACGUUCAGCAGCAAAUUCAGCAGCUGUCGACAAAGUUGCAGAACAAAAAUUUGCUCUCGUCCCUCAUGAUACCGGCCGAGUUCGAUCCAUCGAAUCCGAUCCAUAGUAAGCCACUUCCGACGAUCAAAAACAUCCAGACAAUGACGGACAGUGAAAUCUACCAGGCGCUUCACCGACUGUUUAUGGAGCAGCAGAAGAUUCUGUCAAGCGGAAAGAUCAUCCCCACGUUGCCGGCUAGUCACGCGUUUGCCUCCUCGCAGCCUCCACCUCCACCAACACCAAUCGUGGAGCUAAAGCAGCCGCAGCAGGCCAUCAUAUCGCCCAUCACAGUGACACCGACCAAUGCUCCUCAUACACCGACGGUAGUGGGAAAGCAGCAUCAUGAGCUGCUGUUGCCGAUCUCAUCGUCCGCUGCUCAGCAUUCGUCGAUGUCGAUCACGAUCACAACCAGCACCGUGCCGAUCCAGGCCGUAGGUGGGAGUAAGAUCGCCGGAGGUGUCGGUACAGGUGCAGUGCACGCUGCUAGUAAACAAACAACUACGAUCAUUCCGAUCACCUCGAGCAAUCUGCAACCUCCACCACCACCUGUUUCAAUCCAUCAGCAGUUGCAGACGGGAAAACCACCUCUCGCUACGCUCAGCAGCACCCCCGUCAUUAACAACAACACCAACAUACCUAACCUGAAGCUUCAUUCCACGGCCGGUAACACGAUCGUUCAGCAGCAGCAACAUCAACACCAUCUGGUUGUGAAUAGUAAGAGCAUUGCACUUCCGUCUGCGGGAGCUACUGCAGCCUCAGGUCAACCGCAACCGACCACAACCGUCGUUAUGCCACCAUUGCACACGCUGGUUCCGCAAACCCCAGCUUCGCACACGGGCACCGUACCGAUGAUGAGCGUCAACAAAUUGGACCCUAGCGGCACGGGAUCUGCGGCGCUAGUGAACCAUCCACAGCUCGUACAUCAGCUUCCUCCGACGCCUCCUCCAACUGCCACAUCACUCCUUUCGGCACACAAUCGCUCAAACACACCCGUUCCUCCGCCACUCGUAGCUACGGCACUGCCUGCGGGAAGUCAGCUGAAGACGCUUACCAGCGGCUCCACAGGCGGCGCAACGGGUUCAUCGAUCGUGAUCGUUGGAGGAUCGCAUGCCAUUCUAAGCGGAUCGACGCAAAUGUUGGCGCAAACAGCGGUGAGACUGCAGCAACAGCAACAACAACAACUUCAGCAACAACAACAAAAUAUUAGUGGCCUGGUGCUGUCCUCGUCAGCGGUCACUGCGUCGUGUCCUUUAACGGCGACCAAUGCUUCGAUCACCGUCACCACUACAGCCUCGUCCUCUUCGUCUGUGAUACCACCGCCACCGCUUGUAACGACCACCAACAACUACGCCAACAGCAAUAGUAACAGUCAUCCUAUGUCGCUAACUCCAUCUUUGGUGCCGACUGUUGUUGUUACUGCAGGAGUUGUUGCUCCAGCAACGCCCGUUGCAACCACGACGACAACAACGGUUGCAGCUACGGUCCCGACAACGACAACCACCGCCAAUGCUCUCUCAUCGGCGGUUGUUGCAGCUUCCGCUCUCUGCAACUCCUCGAACGGACCACCGGCGGUAAUUAUUGCAGCACCGGCGGGAACGUCACCGUCCACACCGAUGACCUACAUCACAACCAACGUUCCGAACAGUCCCGCCGUCAAAGUACCCCGUGCAAGUUUAUUCGAGAUACAGAUACAGAAGGAUCAGGAUGCUUGCACCAAGCCGGAUACCAACACACCGUUCGGCAGCAAGCAGGAUGCGAUCAAGCGGCUUAUCCGAUACCAUUGCAUGUACGAGGAGAAGUGCGAGGAAAAUGAGGAGGAAGAGCUACAGUUCGAGACGACGGCCGAAUGGUUUCCGGAAGCCUAUCGCACCAUGAUGAACCGCUACCGACGGUUGAUGAUCAACGAAUCGAUGCGCGAAGUGCGUACAUCAGAACUGAUGCUGGUGAACAAAUUGUUCAAGGCUGACAUUACCCAGGAGAUUGAAGAGAUUCAGGACCAGCUGCGUGACAACGACGAAUCAACAACCAACGCGGACGAUGUGAUUUUUGUUUCAUCGUCUGAUGAAGAUAAACCGAAACAGGAUGCCGAAAGUCCGGCGCCGCUCAUGCCGCUCACGUUGCAGGAUGUGGCCGAUGACGGUGGUGUAGCGCAGAACAAGGAACUGCCCACGACGGUUGUUGCCGGUCAUUUCGCCCAUUCGGCGGGAAGCUCAGUGAUCACAAGCUUGGAAUCGUCUCGGAAGAUCAAGACAAAAGAAGAAGGUGCCAACGAAACGGUAGUAUCGGUAGUUAAAGGCCAAUCGAUGACGAUGUUCGGUAGCCAGUCUGCGAUCACCGGGAGCGAACUGUUCCAAAGCGCAUACGAACACUCGGUUAACAACUGCUCUUCGAUGCUUCAGUCCGUUCAAUCGAACAUCGUUAAGACACAAGCAGUUACGAUGCUGCGUGGCGUGACAUCGUGUGAAAACUUCAGGAAAGACCCUCCGCCCAUACUGGACAGCUUCGAUGAUAUCGAAAGUGAAAUCAAACCGAGCUUCAUAAUGAAAAAAUGUGACUCUGGCAGUGGUGAAGGAGAACUUGCCGACGACAGAAAAGGUGACAUAGUGGGUUCAUAUCACCACGACCAGGUCGUUCUCUCCGCUACACCACCAACGUUGCGUUAUUUCAAUCAAAUGCAGUCCAAUUCCGCGCCCAAAGAACCCCACGGCAUGAUGAUAGUUUCCAAAGAAACGAAACAGAUGUCUGGAAAUUUGCCAGCAACGUCGUCGUCUGUCGUCGUUCCUCCACUAACAUCGGUCGCGACAACGCACGCCUCAGCCGGGUUGCGCACGAGCGUGGUGUCCACUGUGGAACAUCAUGACGCAUCAGCGUACGACGACUGGAUGUGCUUCCCGAAAGAUCUCAAUUACUUCACCACAGCGGACGGUGAUGGAAAGAAAACGCCCGAAGAAGAGAUACACGAAAUGUUCAAUUCGACCGACUCAAAGCUGGACCAACUGUUCAGCAGCAGCGUGGACGAUAAGCAACAAUCGACUGGUUCCUCACGUCUCGACUCACCUUUGGCCGAUUUCUUCAGCGUCCACCACCAACAGCAACAGUCAAUGCAGAGGCAGUUGGCGACGGACGGAUCAGGCGGUGGUAGCUGUGUGGUUUCUUCGAAAGUAUCCGAAAGCCGUCUCGAUACUCUGUUCAACUGUGGACCAUCGUUGAAUCGGACCGGUGAUAACUCUUCCGAGAGCGGUGGGGGUCCGAUCGGAAAAGCGGAUGAAUUGAUGGACCGCCACUGGACUUCGUCCGUGUUUCGUACAGCAGAAGAUUCAUCUACCACGCCGCUCGGCGAUGGUGGUGGUGCCAACUUUCUGCAUAAAACGACCAACAGUUUCGACCUGUUACACCACCAACAGCCAGCCAGCAUCGGUAGUAGUGCGAAUGUGACCCACAAACGCCAUUGGUCGGCCACGACCAGCAGCAGCAGCACGUCGUCUAGUUUGCUGUUUGCGACGCACCCCGAAAAUGACGGGCUUACGGGAGCUGAUCAGACCAAACGACCGUGUCUCUCCGGUAGCCGUGCUGAAGAGCAGCAGCUCCAUAGCAACGCCGGCGGCGUUGCAGUAACUGUUCCCGGCGAUGGUGACAAGCACGUCGAUCAUCGAUGGUUGAUGGAGUGUUCGGGAAGUAACGACAGUAACUCGGAAAUAGUGCCCCCGAAUCGCCACCAUCAUGCGACAGUUGCCGGCUCGAACAGUUCCUCCACGACGACGACGACGUCAGGUAACGAUCAUAUUCUUCUUAACAACAAUCGUAGUAACCCCGGUGCUGGUAGAGGCAUUGAUGGUGUUGGUGAUCUAGAUAGCGUUCGCUGUGGCGCUACACGGGGAAUGCCUGCUGAUGGAAGAGCUACCAAUGCCGGCGCGGUCAUUAUCGGCGACGGUGGUGAUGGUGGUUCCGCGGAUCCGAACAAUCGUUGCCUCGGCACUGGACGGCACCCGAAUGAAAUUUCGACUAACAUCAACACGCUCCGUAGCUCGAAUAACAAUAACUGUAGUAAUAACAACAGCAACACCCAUAGCAACCAUAGCCACCACCACCAGCAGCAGCAUCAUCAUCACGGGCCAGUGUCGAAGCGCACUUCCUGGAACGGCGACAUUUUGCUGGCGUCGACAACGGAGGAUGUUGAGCAUCAUCAUCGACACGUGCUCGAUAUGCUCGAUACUAAUCUUAGCCUAAGCCUAAACAACCUUAACAGUAUCUGUAACGACACGAGCCUGCUCGACAACAGUGGCGAUCCGACGGACGUGCAACAUCAUCACGACCAACAGCAGCAUCUACAGCAACAGCAGCUAUUGCUUCAUCACCAAACGGAACAGCAUCAGGAAGAAGGUCAUCUUCUUCACAGCCAGCUACACAAUCACGACCAUCAUCACCACCACCAACACCACCACCACCAUCAGCAUGCUCAUCAGCUCCAUCAUAAUCACAAUCAUCACAUGCCUGGAUUGGUAGGAAAGACCAAAAGUUGUUACGGACAUGCGGCUGAUUUGAUGACGGACGGUGGUGGUGCUGCUGCUAUCGGUGGCGGUACUGAUCCGACAACGGGCAGCGUCGACACGGCAAAACUAAUCCUUGGCGGUGGUUGUAGUAGCGUUAGUGGUGAAGUAAUUAGAAUUGGUGCUAGCGUUGAUUGCGCACAGCAACAACAACAACAACAACAUCAGCAACACGACAACAACGGCCAUGCCAAAAUCAACUAUCUCGAUCGUGAACUUCUAGGCUUGGAUUCGGUAUCAGAUGAUGCGUCUGGCCGUGCACCAGUCAUCAACGUACAUCAUGGAAGCAUGCUCAAAGAUGGCGACGGAAUUUCCGAAACAUUCCCCGAUCACCGUCAGCAACAAGAGCAGCAGCAACAUCAUCACCAGCAGCAGCACCAACAAACGCUGGUCGAUCUGCAACAUCUGAACCAUCAGCUGGCGUUCGACGCGCUGGGUGGAGCCAACUUCGAUGAGGACAUCAACCGCCAGGUGCAGAACGCAAUCGACAGCAUACUGAACCUGCAGAGCAACGAAACGGAUGCCGCCGCCCUACACUACUCGCUCGAUCACUCCUUCCUGCCCGACAGUCCGCUCAACAGUCUAACGUCCACCAGUUCCAUGGCCAGCGGUUGCCCACCCACGUCCGGGAUGGGUGGAAACAUUCACACACUGCCGGAGGAGCUGCAGGGUCACCAUCAGGUGAUGCAAAAUCAGCACCACCGCCAGCAGUCGUCGAUAGCGGCCGUCCAGCAGGUAGGUCUCGGUAAGCGCAAGUAUCCAAACGAUUGCCCCUCGCCGAUGAUCGGUAUUUCGCCGGACGAUGGCAGUCCGAUGGGUCCCGGCAGUAGUGGAAGCAGCAACAGCAGCAACAGCACCAUCAGUAGCUUGAGCAGUGUUAACAGUGCCAGCGUUAGCAGCAGUACCAGUAGCACCAGUGGAACGAGCCUUCUCGGGAACGCCAUGGUAAACCAUCACUUUGGCGCACCGGACGUGGAUCCGAUGAAGGCGAUCAUCAAAUCAUGA